CGGAGCGCAGCUGCGGGGAUCUGAGCAAGCAGAAGCAGCGGCAGCAGGAAGGGGACUCCCGCCCCGCAGAGGAGCAGCCGGGGCGCCAUGGCCCCCGCCGGGCUGAAGGCUGUCGUGGGGGAAAAAAUAAUGGCUGAUGUGAUAAAGAAGGUGAAGAAGAAGGGAGAAUGGAAGGUACUCGUGGUAGAUCAGCUGAGCAUGCGCAUGCUCUCUUCCUGCUGCAAGAUGACUGACAUCAUGACUGAGGGGAUAACAAUUGUGGAAGACAUCAACAAGCGCCGAGAGCCACUGCCCAGUCUGGAGGCCGUGUACCUCAUCACCCCGUCGGAUACGUCUGUCCGCUCACUCAUCAAUGACUUCAAAGAUCCCCCAGCUGCCAAGUACCGGGCUGCCCACGUCUUCUUCACCGACUCAUGCCCUGAUGCACUCUUCAACGAGCUGGUGAAAUCCCGUGCAGCGAAAGUGAUCAAGACCCUGACGGAAAUCAACAUUGCUUUCCUGCCCUAUGAGUCGCAGGUCUACUCUCUGGACUCCGCUGACUCUUUCCAGAGCUUUUACAGCCCUCACAAGGCUCAGAUGAAAAACCCCAUCCUGGAGCGCCUGGCAGAGCAGAUUGCAACCCUCUGUGCUACUCUGAAGGAAUACCCAGCGGUCCGAUACAGAGGAGACUACAAAGAUAAUGCCAUGCUGGCCCAGCUGAUCCAGGAUAAAUUGGAUGCUUACAAGGCUGAUGACCCAACCAUGGGCGAGGGUCCAGACAAAGCUCGCUCCCAGCUCGUCAUCUUGGACCGUGGUUUUGACCCCAGCUCUCCAGUGCUGCACGAACUGACAUUCCAAGCCAUGAGCUAUGACCUGUUGCCCAUCGAGAAUGACGUCUACAAGUACGAGACAAGUGGCAUCGGGGAGGCCCGUGUGAAGGAGGUGCUGCUGGAUGAAGAUGAUGAUCUCUGGGUAACCCUGCGCCACAAACACAUUGCGGAGGUGUCCCAGGAGGUCACCCGGUCUCUGAAGGACUUCUCUUCCAGCAAACGGAUGAACACCGGUGAGAAGACAACCAUGAGAGACCUUUCCCAGAUGCUGAAGAAGAUGCCACAAUAUCAGAAGGAACUCAGCAAGUACUCCACUCACCUUCACUUGGCUGAGGACUGCAUGAAACAUUACCAAGGCACUGUAGAUAAGCUUUGCAGAGUAGAACAGGACCUGGCCAUGGGUACUGAUGCAGAGGGUGAGAAAAUCAAGGACCCCAUGCGGGCCAUUGUCCCGAUCUUGCUCGAUGCAAAUGUCACCACCUAUGACAAGAUCCGUAUCAUCUUGCUGUACAUCUUCCUCAAGAAUGGAAUCACUGAGGAAAACCUGAACAAGCUGAUUCAACAUGCCCAGAUCCCACCUGAAGACAGUGAGAUCAUUACCAAUAUGGCCCACCUUGGAGUACCCAUAAUCACGGACUCCACCCUGCGCCGCAGAAGUAAACCCGAGCGGAAGGAGCGUAUCAGUGAACAGACCUACCAGCUGUCCCGAUGGACCCCAGUGGUCAAGGACAUUAUGGAGGAUGCCAUUGAGGAUAAACUGGAUACAAAACACUACCCUUAUAUUUCCACCCGGUCCUCAGCCUCUUUCAGCACUACAGCAGUCAGUGCCCGCUACGGACACUGGCACAAGAACAAGGCUCCUGGGGAGUACAGGAGUGGCCCACGCCUCAUCAUUUUUAUCCUGGGGGGUGUGGGCCUGAAUGAGAUGCGCUGUGCCUAUGAGGUGACACAAGCCAGUGGGAAGUGGGAGGUGCUAAUAGGCUCCACUCAUAUCCUCACCCCACGGAAAGUGCUGGACACACUGAAGAAGUUGAACAAAACGGAGGAAGAAAGCAGCAGUUAAAAAGAGAGCCCAGCUUUCCUUUCUCCCCACCUCCCUCGCAUCAAAAAAGCAGCAACCCCCUUUCAGCGUAUCCCACCUUCCUGGUGUCAUUGCUGUCCCUGGUUUUAAUUUGCCAGCGCUGGAUUCAUUUCCACCCCUCUUCCUGUGUUUUUGAUGGACCUCCCCUCCCUUUCCUUCAUCUCUCUUUCAUCAUUCAUUUGAAGCAAAGGUAAAUAAGGAAACAAAAAAAAAUAUGCAUUGUGUCUAAAGGGGAAAAAAUAAUAUAUUCUAUAAUAUAUCUAUUAUCUUCGUAUGUAUCUGAUAAAAUAAAACCACCAAACCGAACUCAUUUCUCAAAGAUCCCCAUUGAUUCAUCCCUGGCAAUUAUAGUAUUUUUUUUAAAUAGUGUAUUUUUUAUUUUUCUGCCUGGAUGGAUGAAUGCUCGUGACUUAUUUAUGGUUAUGUGCUCAUGUACCUAAACUCAGAUUGCAAAUUGUGAAUGCUCUCUUCUGUGCGUUGGAAUUUGCUUGCAUUUUAGAAAUAGAUUAUAUCUAUUUUUUUUCCUUUUCUCUCCCUCCCCAUUGCCGCUGUUGUUGGGAUUGUCGUCUUGGUUUUGUAUUUCUUGAGUUCAUAAAAGUGUAGAUGGUUGGGCUUUUGUGCGUGCGUGUGUGGUUUUUUUCCCCCCUUGUUGUUUUUGUGUUUUUCUUCCUCUCUUUUUUAGAGGACUGUGUUAAACUGAGUGGUGUUUGCAGCUCCAGCAUACCUGGACUAGCCUUCCCUAAGCCUUGUUUUGACAAAGAAACAGUUCUCUCCUUGCUGGCAUUUUUCAGCGGCCAAUCCUGCUUCUUAACAGGCCCAAGGCAUGUUAGCAAAUGAGCUUUCAAGUGAGUGCUUCAGCAUAAAAGGGAGGAGGGAGCAUUUCUGAAUUGUCUCCUGGUGAAUGACUGAGAGGAAGGAGUAUUCUGCUCCUUCCACUGGCUGGUGGAAGGGCUUUGGGAUGCUCCUUCCACUGGCUGGUGGCAGAAGGCAGAAUCCAUGUCAAUCAUCCUGGAAGCAUUAAUCCUAACAGGAUCUGCAGGGGCCUCAGAUUUCCCGGCUGCUGCCCCUUCCCCACUGGGAGGCACCAGUUAGAUAUGAUGUGCAGUGCAUAAUUUAUUUCCUCCUUCCUGCUGGAGGACUGUAAUUCAGGGAGAGAUCUCUAAGAGAAUUCACUCAGAUACAAUCCCCAGUAUAUGCUUGGGAAGGGAGCAGAUUUGACAUUAGCUAGUGUAAAACCUGCUUCCAUCUCAAAGAGUCUUUAGUUAAUUCCCUUCUCCCCCCUCCAGUUCUGCUCCUGCAUAUCUUAAGACAAGAGGCUCUGUUCCAUGCAGCUCGCGCCUUCACAUUUGAAGGAGGACUUCUGGAUGUGCAUACGUGACUUGAGGUUGUAGAAGAGAGAUCAUGUUGCAAGGUGCUGUUGUACCUGUUUCCUUCGUGUAGUCUGAACUACCUAUUUGAGGUUGCAGACAGCAAACGGGAGAGUUUAAAAAUGGACUGCCGCUCGUGAUGUAUAGGCACGUCCAGCUUUUACCUUAUUUGAAAAACCUGCCAAACUUGUGUGAGCAAGAGACAGGAGGACCAAAAUGUGUUUGUACACCUAAGUCAGUGAUUUCUCUAUCAUAUCAAAGUUUUCUCUUCCUCCAGCCUCAUUUUUUCCCCCUCUGGUGUGUCAAACGGGGCCACCUGGAGAUCCUCGUGACCCAUGCCAAACGAGUGUGCUGGGGUCUUGCAGUGUAUGUGGCAGAACCAAGGAAGAACCAAGGUCCUCAGUAAUCAAUAGUGGGAUAUGUACUUUUUGCACGUUAGGCGGAAGGGCUUUCAAGAUCAGACAACCGGGAAGCUGGUCUGUAUUUUCAGUGGCAUCAACUGAGUGGUCUAUGCAGUUUUCAUAAUCUUGAGGGCACUCCCCGAAAGGAUGCUUUGCUGAUUGCACGAUGCUGAAUUUUGUGAGCAUUUUCUUGUCUCCUGAUGAUUUUUGUUUUUAAUUCCCCUGCAGCUACAAACAGCUAUGAAGUGUUAAAAGCAGGAAAGGGGGGGGGAAUCAAUAAUGUAGGGCGGUUGCCCCAAGAAAGCAGAUUGUUUUUUAAAAAAACAUUUCAUUAGUGAAUGAAGGUGGAAAAACCUGCCAACCUUUGCGCAGACCCCAAAGCUGAAUAACUCUCAGCAAAUGAAGUGGGGAAGAUUGAAGUGGGUACCUGCUUUAUUAAAAAUAGUAGGGUUUUGAAAAACUGGGUGACCCCCCACCCCCUUUCAGAAUGGGUUUUGCCUUACUGAUUUUAGCCGUGUGAUCCUUUCCUGCACUAGCACAGUUGAAAUGUCAUCCUUUCCGAAUUUUAUGGGGAUUAUUUGCUGUUUUCACAAUGGCCGGGGGAGGAGUUUUUCCUCUUUCGGAGCCUCUCUGUGUCUUUGGUUGCAGCCGAUGGUGUGUCUGUGAAUUAAACAACUAUAUUUCGUGAUGUCACUGCAAACUUGGAAGUAGUGUUUUUCUGGAGUCUGUUUUUUUGUUCUUCCACAAAUGCUGCAUUGAGCUUAUUGUGAUUUGAGUUUUGAUUGAACUCUCUUCCUUUUCUGUUUUGUUUUGUUUCUGCCCGGUACAUGGGUAUUCCCUUCUCUUCUUCAAAUCCUCCGGCAGUGAGAAUUAAAAGGCAACCGCCCACAAAUGCUCCCUACUCACAAAUGUUCUCUCUCUUCUUUGUAAUCAUUUCUCCCUACUUCCUUGCCCAGGAUACUAUAUUUCUGUAUGUAUAUUCCCUUAGGGCAAAGGCUGAAUUCAUUUGCACGGAUGAUUUGUUUGGUCGUUGUCGCUCAUUACUUGCUCUCUUUUCCUGCACUCUACCCACCUUCCCCUUUUAAUUUUAGUUUAUCAAUGCAACUGCUUCAGGGUCUCCUUUUGUUUAGAUCUGUUUUUGUUUUUAUCAGUUAUUUAUAUUUUACAAAACUAAAAACUAAAAGAAAAAAACUACUAUUGUCAUGGAAUUUCGUUUUAACCUUGAAAUUAAUUGGAAAUGUUGAAGCACAAAAUGCAUCAUCUCUGUAUAGCUGUCCUUCUGUACUUAAAGAAAAAAAAGCACUUGGUCAAUAAAAAAUUGCUGUCCCGUC